CACAGUACUUGAGCUUUGCAGCCCGCUCUGCGGUUGCAGGGAUGUUAAGAGAUGCUGUUUAAUUCAACGUCAGAUCAAGUUUGAUCAAUAUUCCCCCGCCGCUCCAAUUGGAGGCGCAUGUUCAAAUCCCCGCCUCACUUCACCACCAUCUUUGCCAGUGUGAAAUAGUCCGAUUUUCCUCUGGCAGAAUAUUUUAUCCUCGCCUGGCUCACAACUGAAGCGUUUUGAACAGAGAGGGGGUGGGGGGAGACCAGGGAAGGGGAAGAGUGGGAUUUACAUCCAAAGCGGCGCUUUUAUCUGUUUGAAGCCGGUUGUAAGGAACUGAAAUCAGGGAGAAAAUGGGACAACCUUUUCUGCAGUCCGUCUUCCUGAUACUCAACGUGCUUUUUGGUGUAGCUUCGGGUGCUUUCCCCAGCAAUGUCCAAAUAGGCGGACUGUUCUCAAGAUAUACAGAUCAGGAAAACAGCGCCUUUCGGUUCGGGAUUUACCUCCACAACACAAACCCUAACAUCUCCGAAGCGCCUUUCGCUCUCACUCCACAUGUCGACAACCUCGAGUCUUCCAACAGUUUCUCAGUGACCAAUGCUUUUUGUUCACAGUAUUCCAAAGGCGUUUAUGCCAUUUUUGGGUUCUAUGAUAAGAGAUCUGUGAACACGUUAACGUCUUUCUGUGGAGCAUUACACACAUCCUUCAUCACUCCGAGCUUCCCCACGGAAGGAGAGGUUCAGUUUGUAAUUCAACUGAGGCCACCACUGCAAGGUGCACUCUUAAGCCUACUUAUCCACUACAAAUGGGAGAGAUUUGUCUACCUGUAUGACACAGACAGAGGAUAUUCCAUCCUUCAGGUUAUCAUGGAAGCUGCCGUUCAGAAUAACUGGCAAGUUACAGCAAAAUCAGUUGGAAGCAUCACUGAUGUGAUGGAAUAUAGAAGAAUCUUUGAGGAAAUGGACAAAAGACAAGAAAGAAGAUAUUUAAUAGACUGUGAACUAAAUAGACUAAAUGCUAUUCUGGAUCAGGCGGUAAAUGUUGGUAAAAACAUCCGAGGCUACCACUACAUGUUGGCUACUCUGGGCUUCUCUGAUCUCAUACUUGAUAAAUUUAUUGAGACCGGAGUCAAUGUCACUGGCUUCCAGCUUGUGAAUUAUGAUGAUCCAAUGGUGCAAAAAUUUAUGCAGAGGUGGACAAAGCUAGAUCAGAGAGAGUAUCCUGGAACUGCUGCCAGCACAUUAAAGUUUACCGCUGCUUUGACCUAUGAUGGAAUAUUUGUCAUAGCUGAAGCUUUUCGUUAUCUACGAAGGCAACGGAUUGAUAUCUCAAGAAGGGUAACUACUGGAGACUGUUUAGCCAAUCCUGCAGUACCUUGGAGCCAAGGAAUCGAUAUAGAACGGGCUUUAAAACAGGUACGAGGCAGAGGGCUGACAGGAAAUCUACAAUUUGACAACUACGGACGUAGAUCAAACUAUACCAUCGAUGUUUAUGAACUAAGACCUUCUGGACCUCGGAAGAUUGGGUACUGGAACGAAUAUGAAAGACUGGUGACCAUCUCUGAUAUGCAACAGAUGAAUGAAUCGACUUCAGCCGAAAACAGAACAAUAGUAGUCACAACGAUAAUGGAAUCUCCAUAUGUAAUGCUGAAGAAAAAUCAUGAACAAUUUGAUGCAAAUGAUAGAUAUGAAGGCUAUUGUGUGGAUUUAGCUUUUGAAAUAGCCAAGCAUGUUGGCAUUAAAUAUAAACUGUCUGUUGUCCCUGACGGUAAAUAUGGAGCUAGAGAUCCUGAAACUAAAAUCUGGAAUGGAAUGGUGGGUGAACUAGUAUAUGGGAGAGCUGACAUUGCUGUUGCACCACUCACUAUAACUUUGGUCCGAGAAGAAGUUAUUGACUUUUCCAAACCUUUCAUGAGUCUUGGUAUUUCAAUAAUGAUAAAGAAGCCCCAAAAGUCCAAGCCAGGAGUGUUCUCUUUCCUGGAUCCUUUGGCCUAUGAGAUUUGGAUGUGCAUAGUCUUCGCCUACAUUGGAGUCAGCGUAGUGCUUUUCCUGGUCAGCAGAUUCAGUCCUUAUGAAUGGCAUAUGGAAGAAAAUGAAGAAGGACGUGACCCCCAAAAUACUGAGCCACCUAAUGAGUUUGGGAUAUUUAAUAGUCUCUGGUUUUCUCUGGGUGCCUUUAUGCAGCAAGGAUGCGAUAUUUCACCAAGAUCCCUCUCUGGGCGAAUUGUUGGAGGCGUCUGGUGGUUCUUCACUUUGAUUAUAAUCUCAUCGUACACUGCCAACCUUGCUGCUUUUCUCACUGUGGAGAGAAUGGUUUCUCCAAUAGAGAGUGCAGAGGAUCUUGCGAAACAAACAGAAAUUGCCUAUGGAACAUUGGAUUCAGGUUCUACCAAAGAAUUUUUUCGACGCUCAAAAAUAGCAGUAUACGAGAAAAUGUGGUCCUACAUGAAAUCUGCCGAACCAUCUGUGUUUACCAAAACAACAGCUGAUGGAGUUGCCAAAGUUCGAAAAUCAAAAGGAAAGUUUGCCUUCUUGCUAGAAUCAACCAUGAAUGAGUACAUUGAGCAGAGGAAGCCAUGUGACACCAUGAAAGUAGGAGGGAACCUGGAUUCGAAAGGAUAUGGAGUGGCAACGCCUAAAGGAGCAUCAUUAAGAAAUGCUGUUAACCUCGCAGUAUUAAAACUGAAUGAACAAGGCCUCUUGGACAAAUUGAAAAACAAAUGGUGGUACGACAAAGGAGAGUGCGGCAGCGGGGGAGGUGACUCCAAGGACAAGACAAGUGCCCUGAGCCUGAGCAAUGUGGCUGGAGUCUUCUACAUUCUGGUUGGAGGACUUGGUUUGGCAAUGAUGGUGGCUUUAAUAGAAUUCUGUUACAAGUCCAGAGCUGAGGCGAAGACACUGAAGCUCACUUACACUGAUGCCACGCAAAAUAAAGGAACACUGUCCAUAUUUGGGAGCAUUGGAGAAAACGGCCGUGCCAUGACCCCUGACUACCUGCGGUCACCGCACGCUGUACCAGGUGUCAGACAUGGUACAGGAGUGGCUGAUGGUGCACCAGACUUUUCAUAAAAAACUGAAUACUCCUUCAGUGCCUUAUGGAACAUAAUGGAGAAUCACAACAAUGCAACUCAUCAUUCUGAAUCACAAUAAGAGUCUAGCUUGCUUGAAAAUACAGGACAGAGUUUAAAAAAUGAAUCAAGCGUCUCUGUGAAAUUAUAUGCCGAAAUAAAAUCAAUUUAGUUCAGCAAAAAGCCAUCAUUUGAUAACACAACUAUUGCAGAGAAAAGGUUUCAUGUAUAAAAUAUCUGAACAAUAAUAUUGAAAUUUAUUUCUUUGAGUGCCAAGGUAGUUUCCUUGUACCAAAUAAAAUUAAAAAUCAGAAAGGAACUUGAAAGAAAUGUGCAACAUAAAUUAAAUUUACAAAAUCUGUUCCUUUAAUGAAUGAUUCAUUAACAAAUAAUGGCAAUUUUAAAAGUUACAUAAUUCCUGCCAAGUGCAAAGGUUAAAUUCUUACAUGAUAUCUUUUCUGUGAGAGAAGAACCAUAAUUGUAAGUUUUUUUUAAUUAAAUUCAGGCUGUUCAGUGAAGUACCUACAUACUAAUUACCUCUGUUAAUAUUACAAGAUGGGAUUUCAGUGGGUUAGCAUCCAAUCUGUGUGGAAGAGAAGAAAGCGGCUAUCAAGAUGUCAAACAGAAUGUGAACAAUCAUGUACAAUGAAAUGGCCUACUUUUAUAUAGGAGCAAAUGUGUUUAACCAUUUCCUCCCUGAAUAUUUUCAAGUGUCUGAUUAUUGAGAAGAUUUAAUUUGAAUCAAGAGUGAAUUGAUCAGGUGAGAAAGGGUUAAUCAAAGCUCCACAGAUAAAGCAUCUAUAGGAAAACAAAAAAAAAUAAUUUUUUAAAGGAUUAUAUGAACAGAACCAAUGUAGAUUUAUCAACUUGUGUCAGUUUUCAAGAGUGAUCAAUUUCAUAGAGGUGAAGGAUUUGAGUUCUUUUCAUUCUUUUUAAACUUGCAUGAUUGCCUAAACUUUCUGCUAUUAACUUCAAGCUAUAGAAGUUAAGCUGUAGCCACUUAAUUUUUUUUCGUUAAAACUGCACUUCAGCAAACACAGAAAUGUUAACAAGCAAAAUAGCAAAUAUUUAAAGCAUAAAAAUGCAUGAUUGGACAUCAUUUACUGAGUCUCAGUAAUGAGGUGUUGUAAGAGAAAGGAAUUUUAAUACAUUUUGUAAAUAAACUGUAUAGAAAAAAGGAAUCUGCAAAUGUGUGAUCGAAUCACAGUACAUGUCUUUGAUUUUGUUCUUAACAACUUUUAUGGUUCGGUGAUUUCUUAUUUUUUUGAAGUAGUGAGGCCUGACACUUCAAAGUGUUUUUGCCCUUUAUCAGCAUGUAAUCAACCACAGCUACAUGAGCCACCUUCCUUCAGUUUCAUCUGAUACUGAUAAAAAUUGCCUUGCUUAUGUGUAUAUGAUUCUGGAGUCAGGAUAUGGGGCUAAUUUUAGUAACGUAAAUCUAGAGAAUAAUUCUCAUGGAUUUGUUGCCUGAGGGAGUUCUGUAUAAAAGCACAGCUUCUUUUGAAUUUAAAAUGAUAGUUUUGUGUUGUAAUGUAAACAUAAAAUCCCCUUCUGAAUUUAUUGGUGGUAUUUAGCCUGAUUAGCCUCAGUUUGAAAAUAUUUUUGCAACAUGAUUCGUGGUGGAUAAAGUGGAGACUGGUAAUAAUUACGAUAUUUCGCCUAUAUGGGUGAACUUUGACAGAAUAGUAUACAAGUCAGAACAGAUUUCCAAAUGCAAUAAAAAGGGAUGAACUUUCACCCCAGAGACAAGAAAUCACAAACUGGUUGAGCUUUUAGAGACAGAAGGAUGGCUCCAAUGGAAAACUGAUUCUAUUUCAGAUCUUCACAAGGAUGAGCCAUUGUUUCAUAUGGAGACUAUGUGCCUGCACAUUUUGAACCUGUGGGAAUUGGAUUGGGGGUGACUGAUGAAGUGUUGUAAACUCUGUAGCAGUUUUCAGUGAGGUUGCUAGUUGCCUUGAGGGAGACUUCUGUGGCUUGUGUCUAAUUAUGCAAACUGCACUGCAAGAUGUCAAUGGUGUGUCACAGGCCUGGCACCCAAGGCAGGUCAGACCUCGACUUCAUCAGUGAUGACCUGAGUACAAUACUGGAUGCUGUGCAAGAGAUCCUGUCCUUCAAGAGUGAUAGGGAAUGCCACCUCAUUAAGCAGCAGGGGCACCUCUAUGGUUAUCAUCAUUCUCUUCCUCUACCUGCCUCAUUUCUGACUCCGUCAAGGCCCUCCUAACACUCAAGACCCACAUAUCCCUAUUUUGCCAUGUAAUGCAAUGCCGGGUAAACCAACCCAAUGAGUGUGAGCCUUGAUGUAGUGUGUUGACUGAUCCAGGCAGUGGAACUACAUGUUCAAAAGCAUAGUGUUGUCCUACUGAGCAGGUUGCAUUAGCUGUGUUGCUUCCAUACUUCUGCCUGGGCCCCUUUGAAACAGAUGAAUAGCUACUUUGAGGAUAUUCCUUACUGGAGGUGGCACAGUGGCUCAGUGGUUAGCACUGCUGCCUCACAGCACCAGGGAUCCAGGUUCAGCUCCACCCUUGGGCGACUGUCUGGAGUUUGCACAUUCUGCCCGUGUCUG